CAAAUGUAAAGGUGAUGCCAAGCGGAACCAGGUCUAAAGUUUCUACACACCAGUGUCGUGAAUCAUUCGGCUGUUGAAGUCGCUGAAGACGGAAGCUUUAGUAGGAAUAGGGGGAACCUUUCGAUAAAGUACCUUUACUAAAAUACCAAAAAUGGAAGAUCUGGAACAUACUAAAGACGAGUCAUGCGAUAUUAUCGAAGAGUCUUCGACAUCAAGAGGAAAAUGUUUAAAUGAAGAUAACAACGCUACACAAUCGGGUGCUCCAUCUAUUCGUGCUCAAUCUAUUCGCCUAAAUACACAUUUAAUGUAUUCAGAUUUCAACACUGGAGAAUGGAAAAGCAUAAUUGACUCACUUCAACACGAAGUUCAAGUGUGUCGUCCUUUUGAAACAGAAGAAAAUUUAUUCACACAUUUCAAAACGUGUCAGAAAAAUCCAGACCAUGCGGGAUUUAUUCCAAUCCAUGAUUUUAAUGUUCGACAUAUAAAAAUAACAAAAAAAGUGGAGGAGUUGUACAACAUCAUUCAGAUAGCCGCUGAUCUUACAGUAAGGAUAGCUGUAACGUACACAAGCACAGCAAGACCUAAGUGUGUAGAAGGAUCAGUUCAUGAAUAUCCGUGUUCUAAUCUAAGAGGGACAAAUUGUCUGAGAACAGGGACAGGAACUAUAGUUGGUGUGUCGAAAUUUCAAGAUGAGGACAAGAAAACUUGUCAGUGUAAGGGGUGUAAGGAUUCAGAUAAUCCUCAAACCACCUGGUGGAGUGUGGGUGUGAUGACAGCCACCCACGUGGUGUUUGACGACAGCGAGGCUGAGAGUGCCACAUGCAGGCUGUUCUUUGACCAGGCGGACAGUCCAGUUGUGACGUUAGAUGGCUGGAGAAUGUGGGACAUGAGCAUCAAGGGAGACACCUGCAGAUUUUUGUGUGCCUCACAUGACAUGGAAUUGUACGAGAAAGUCCAACGCAUCUUCAAAAGUUUUUUGUUCUAUCCCAAUAAGUUUGAAGAAGGCGUGUCGUUUAUAGUGUCACAUCCACAUGGCUGCUCAAAACACGUCUCUGUAGGAAAAUACAAACGAAAACAUAUCAAGCAUUUGCGUCUGAAUUACAACGCAACAAAAUACAGCUAUGAUUUAAGUACAUGUCCAGGAAGUAGCGGGGCUUAUGUAUUCACUAGUGAAAACCUGCUGGUACCUCACGUACACAGUGGAUGUAGAAAUGGCAUCAAUUACAGUGGGGAAGGAUUUCAAGAAAAAUGUGUGCACAUAUAA